GUGACCUCCUGCUGCCCAGGGCUUAGUUUACAGUCACUCAGAUGCGCUUACUGCAUGCUAUUCCAAAGAUCUGGCAGUAGCUUUAAGACAAAGAGUAAACAAAGUAAGGAGGAUGAAGAGGGUACAACAGGACACUACACCUUCUCAUGCAGGGUCUGGACAGAGAAUACUGUUUACAGGACCAGACGGCAUUGGAGAUUUCCGUCCCAAAUUGGACUAUUUCCCCCGCAGCAUUGGAAUUGGCCCAUUAUCUCCAGAUGCCACGAGUGACCUCAACUACCUCUUCCGGCCUGCAGCCACCGCGACCCCGCCGUUACCGAAACACCAAUACACCGGAGAAGUUGGCUGGGGUCUACAUUACAGCACUGCACUCAACAGGCGGACUACUGUCAUCAACCACACACUAUAUCAGGCACACUCAGCCCUGGUUUCGGGACAAGCAAACGACCUGCAGGAGGCUUGUUUGGAACCACGGCGCACAUGAUACUUACAGCAAGGAUGACAACCAACAGUUCUCAUCUAAUGAAGUCAGAGGUCUGCAGUAAAGGCAGUCAGUGCAUACGGAGAAAGCACAACCAGAUGCAUGACUUUUUCUCUAGAAUUUGACACAAGUCGAAUAAUUCUUGAAAGUGGUCAUUGAAUCAUUUAUUUAGUCAACUCUUUUGUAAAACUACAUUAAAUGCAUCUUUUUUUGCUGUACUAUUCAUGUUUUGGUUCAUACCUGAUAUGAAAUGGUAAAGUAGCCUGCAAUCCUGUUUUCACUAAGUAGAGAUCAUAUUUUUCUUUUUCAUACAGUCAUAAUGUAGGUCAGAUAUCAGAUAUGGAGACAUGUAUUCUGUGAUUGCUAUUUUAUAUUGCAUUAGCCUAUAUUGCAAAGGCUUUUAUAUGUAAAAUUAGUAUUGUCUGUGGAUACACGCUUAGAUUGUUAGAAUGUUCUUAGAACUGUUCUUAGUUUUUAGAACUGUUUACUGA